AUGCAUAAAAUUUUUACACAAAAAAAAAAAAAAAAAAAAGCUGUAGAAGUAUCAAAGAAGCAUGAAAAUGAAUUUAUAUUGAGAGAAAAAUUAAAUGAAGAUAAUCCUACAAAUGAAAUUAAAGAUGAAUUAAAUAAAAAUAGAUUAGAAGAAAAUCCUGUUCAUGUUGUAGGGUAUAUUAGGAAUGGCACAUUAAAUGAGGAAAAAGCAAAUGAAAUAAAUUCGCAUAAGGAAAAAUCUACAUGUGAAGUUGAAAUGAAAAACUUAGGAAAUAAAACAACAAUCGAGAAUGAUGUAUGUAAUUGGAAUUCAUGGGUAGAUAUACAUAUGAAUGCAUUACUAGAAUAUAAAAAAGAGGAAUGGAAAUUGAAUAAAACCGAAUUUAUUGAUAUUUGUUUAGAAGAGAUCCAAAAAGAAGGAGAAAAUUCUAAUUUAAAAGAUAUGGGAAAUAAUUUUGUAAUGAAAAUAAAUGAAGAAAAUAAUACCGAUACAAUAGAUAAAAAUAGUAGUAUAUUAGAUAAAUAUAAAAAUGAAAAGUGGUUUAUUAUUUUGAAGAAAGAAAAACUCUUGAAAUAG